GUAUCUGACUAGCUGUCCAGAUCAGUCCAGUAAUAUUAAUAGAUCGAUAUCUCAACCGAGUCACUAUGUUACGUUUUAUCCUCUCUGUUUUUUCGGUAUUUGUUGCCUGUCCAGAGUUUACUAUCGCAGCCAGCGACACCAAGAGCGAUACAGCUCUUAGGUUUGCUUCUGAAUCCGGUAGUUACAUAUCUUACAACCCCAACGUUAACUCACUGACAGAAAAGUUUUCUGUUUGUGUGUGGGUCCGCAAGUUCCAAUCUGGAAUUAACCCAUGCCCGUUUGCGUAUAAAGGUUACGAGAUAUUCAUGACAGACAAUGGCCACUACAACCGACUGUUCGGUUCCAGCUCCCUGGACAAUGUUCUGACCAGCAAGUUCCCAACUGCCAAUACUUGGUAUCUGUACUGCUCAACCUGGAGCCUUGCUUCUAGAACCUUCCGAGUGUACGUGAACGGGCAACAAGCAGGGACCCAGACAACACCCUCCGGGAGAAGGCUGCAGACAGGCGGAACAUUAACCUUGGGGAAUAAUUCACCAAAUUCAGGGCACCUUUUCGGAGGCAUGCUCUUUAACUUUAAUAUGUACUCUAAAGAACUGACGGCUACAGAAGUAGCUGCCCUGUCUUCAGCUGGAUUUUGUGCAGAGAUUCCUGAGCAGUUGGAGGAGUACCGGGUAAUAAAGUGGGAAGACAUUCUCAAACUGAGCAGAUCUGGUACUGUGUUGGACGAAGACACCAGAUGUGCCGCAUUCGUUGAACUACCGAUAUUUUGGAAAAAGCUGGAAUUGGCCGUGGCAGAAAAGAAUUCUCUGGAACUAUCCUUGAACAAAACGAUGACAGAUCUACUCAAAGUUCAAGAACGCUUCAACUCUACUCAGGAGGAACUAGUUGGGGUACAAGAACGCUUCAACUCUACCCAGGAGGAGCUAGUAGCAACAGAAGAGGAGUUGAAUGAAACGAGGAGCGACCUUCAAGAAACGAAGAUGGAACUUAGGAAUCUCACGGAGUCUAAAUGUGCGCUAAAGAAAGGGAAUUUGACAAAGUGGGAUAUGUUUUAUUCGCCCGAGUACUAUAAUAAAACCUUCACUCGCACUCUCUACCAACAACUCACCUCAACAUGGGAUUCAAUUAGCAGUCGACUGUUUGGGAUGAGGAUUACUGACAAGGUAAUUGAGCUGAUAAAAGAUCUGGAUGACGAUCAGAUCGAUCACUGCGGAGAACUAUCAUAAAGCCUUGCUACCAAAAUUAUGUGUUACCGGAGAGAAAAUGCGAUAAACUAUGCUGACGGUCAUAAGAAUGACAGCUGUAUACUGACGCUGAUCUUUUUGGACGAUGUUUACCCUUGAGAACGUUGAGAACCUACCCUAAUUGAGAACGAGACGAAAACAUCCCGACCUUCCAAUGCUGAUCACGAUCUACUUCAACAACGGAGAUAAUUAUACGGAUACCUUUAAGUUAUGGACAUGAAGUGCACAUAGACUGGAAGCACACUGGACUCAG